AUGAAGAGAGUUUGGACGAAUCUUAGGCGCACGUAUCGGAGAAUGCGAAAAAUGCAGAAGAAGGAUCCGAUGAAAGCGAAGCGGUGGCAAUUCCUUGAUACGAUGAGCUUUCUGAGGAAUCACUCAUGCAGCUCGGCGGCAUCAGACUGCGAUUCGGAGAGUUCUUCCUCACCCGAUGGUCUCGAAACUUUCUCACAAGGAGGAAAUCCUGCGAACGAUGAAGUAGAGCCGCUGUCAUCGGAACAAAAAGUGGAAAUAACAGCGGCAAGCAAUGCUGAAAGGACCGCAAUGAAAAGAAAGGAAGAUAGAGGGACACAGCUUAACGGACAUUGGACAGUCCGAGAUUUGAUCCAGGUGUCUGUGCCCGAGAUCGACCGCCUGAUCAAUACCAAGCAAAGAGAAAUCUCCUUGAUGCUUGAAGCCCAGGAGGACCUUCGCGGAGAUCGCCCUUCAGCGGGGCAUGGACAGUCGAAGAAACCGUACCUCUAUCGUAUCAAUCUCGAAGAUAUCGAAGAUAAUUUGACGGUAGAACUUGCAAAAGUGUACGAUAAGAUGGACGCUGCACGAGAAGAAGUGAAGGGAAACGUGGAUUAUCAGAGGAAAUUGUUGGAAGAUGAGAUCUCCUCGGUUCCGCCGCAAGUCAUAGAAGGGCUGAAGAAGAAGUAUGGAGGCGUCCUCUCUUCAGGGGAGAUCUUGCUUUUGAAACGACUUGCGCAAGGGAGCUGUUCGAAGCUCAAGGGAACAAUAUGUAUGGCGAUUUUCGGCGCUUCGUUGAAACUUCGGAAGGUGUACCAUCGGGAGGCGAUGUCGUUGUUCAUCAAGGAAAGCAUGCAGUCAGGUCAGCUGCAGGUGCUUCUUGAUGCGUACGAUGACUUCGUUUACUACCGGAAAGCCGAAGAACUCAAUAAUGUUGAAGUCGUUCUGCCGUGGGCAGGUGCGAUCGAUUCAUGUGAUGCUGAGACUAAGGCGUCAUUUACAAUAUUCGUCGCUGUCAUUGAGAGGUACGCCGAUACACUGAAACUUAGCUGUCCAGAACCACGCCUGCGGCGAGAUGAAUAUGAUGAACGGCAAAUAGACGAGUUUUUCGAUGAAGAAAAGAAGAAGAAGAAACCAAAAUUUGAUAUCGAAUAUCUUGCACAAAGGAUCUCGAGCCGAACAACUCGAAGCAAAGAGGCUCUUGAGACUGUAUUGAGUGCUGCUGAAGAAGCGUAUGAGAAAGCAUUCAAAGAGCAGGAGCAAGUGGAAAUGGAAUAUGAGGAGUUCAUAAGCCAAAAGCAUUUGCCGCAUCAAAAAAAGCGAAGAUAUAGAAGAAAGUCUUCUGCAAAACGCUUCGAACAGUUCAACAAAGCGUGCACAGGCGACGCUGAGCUCGAGCUCCGUCGAGUUGUUCGACAACACGUUGAAGUCAGAGCCAGAUCGUACAUAAUGAAGUUUAUUCAAGAUUUUUUGUGCCCUGUGUUCGCUUAUAUGAAAAAAUGA